AUGCAACACCAGAUCGAGCUACAGGUUACCCGCUACAUAGUAGCCUCAAAUACAGCAUUCCUGCAGGUCGAGAACAAACAGUUCGAAAAGCUUUUUACGAUGCUCCGGCCAGGUACAAAAAUCCCCAAUCGACAGAAAGUUUCCGGCCCGCUCCUGGACGAGCUUUACGGAGAGGAAAAAUCAAAAGUAGCGAAUUUUGUCAGUGGGUGCAAUGCAACGCUGGUACUUGACGGCUGGUCCACAAGAUCGAAUGACCCUAUUAUCGGAGUUUCGAUCAUAACUUCGUCCAAAGUGCUUCUAGUCAAUACUGUUGACACCACUGGCCAUCCUCACAUUAUCGAUUAUCUGGUAGAGCUCUUUCGUGAGCAAGUGGAAAUAUGCGAGAAAGAGUGGAAAGUCAAAAUUACCUGCUUGGUAACCGACAAUGCCGCCAAUAUGAGUGGGCUAAGAAGACGGGUUAAGUCACCAGAAAUGCUUUUGCACAGUUACGGGUGUCAAGCCCAUUUGAUGAAUUUAUUGGCAAAAGAUAUUUACCAGGACCAGAAAGUGCUCAUCGGCAAAGUGCUCAUUGUGGUCAAGCAUCUCCGAAACCAUCACGAAGAAUCCGCUCAAAUGAAGAAUCUGAACAUGCCAAGACCACCCCUGCCUUGCGAUACCCGCUGGAAUUCGGUCGCAGACACAUUGAGGUAUUUUCAUGAUCAGUGGUCAAACAUAGUUUUGGUAAUCAACACGACGAUGAAGAACACAGAUCAGAUAUACAGAUUUAUGGAGGACGUUCCCUUGAAACGAGCAGUUACCGAUUUACUGGAAAUUUUUAAACCCAUUGGAAUCGCUCUCGACAAACUUCAGAGCGACACAUGUACAGUUGGCAGUGUCUUCCAAAUAUGGAACGAAGUAUGUGUGGGUUCGCCGGCUGAGUAUGCUGAAAAAGUAGCAAAACGUGCAAAAGUCGCUCUCUCUCUCCUGAAAUUCUGGCUGCCAGUCUUCUCGACCACAGAUAUGGUGAAAAGACUUCAUCUGUUUGGUGGAAGACUGGGAGAAGGAUUGGAUUCUCUGACAAGCUUUGUGAGAUUGCUGAGUCCCUCGUUGGGGGGAUUGCCUCCAGUGCCGGCCUCGAACGGCAAUUCUCCACGCUAG